GAAGCGCACCCGUGUGACGCACGUGAUCGGCAAUCACUGUUGAUCUGUCAUCUGAGAGCACCCCGGUCUGGUAUGAGCCCCGAAUGCGCAAGGAUGAACAGUCUGUGCGUCUUCGGCUUGUGGCGGCUAACUCGUCCCCCGUGCCGGAUGUGAGUCGUGGGACAUUGGCCAACCGUAUUUCCUCAUAGUACCGACUGCUGGGUCUGCAGCGCACUGCGCCGAGGCUACUUCCCUGAAUACCUCCCCUCUUCCUUCACGCGAAGGACUUCGAGAUGCGGCAGCCAAUAUGUUGCAGACUUCCAUCUCACGACGAAGACUCUGGAACACAAUCACUCAUCAUGAUGCACAGGGAAACUUGGUUGUCAUGCCGCUUCGAUAGAACUCUCCCUCCAGAUCCGUUCUGCAUACUUGUCAUGGUUGAUUCUUAGGGAACACCGCCCGCCACCGGUUCAUGGAGAUUCUGCUGUUCCUAGAAGCUCCACGUUUCAGUUUCAGCCUCUGGACCGUAUCGCGACAGAAUCAGGGAGUGAAACCGACACACUAUCUUACGACGCAGGCCGAUCGCGCUCUUCUCCACCACUGCGAUGUGCUUCUGCACCAGUUCUUGCAGCGCGAAGCUAGAAACAAGAAAGGUAGAAUAGCUGCCACAUGGAAGAGAAGACACUCGCGUGCGUUUCGAGACGGCAUUCCCUAUGUCCCACGUCUCUUUUUGCACUCUUUGGAUUAUGCAUGGCUUCAAAACCGCCAGCACCAAUCGAGUGGAAUCACGGUCGAGCGUCGUCGACUGGUCUGCCGUUUGGCGAGCAAGUACAGUACAUGAUUGCCGAAGCCAUGUGCUUUGCCAAGGCUGCUGCCUUCAGCACCGAUUGGCGGAUACAGGACUCCUAGACUCUGCCAGCCAAGGCUAGACUGACUUCUCACCGGGAUAGUGCAUUGCCGCAGAAGCUGUUUUCCCUGGUCGUAACGAAUAAAGGCAAGCGCGUCUGAGGAGGGGGGCAUCUCCAAGCCGGCCCAUCGAACCCAGGAUGUUUAAGCUCCUCUCGAUCCCAGCUCGCCUUGCUGUCAUCUUCACUUUCUGUUCUUUAACCGCCUGCGCGAUCGGAAAGGGUGCUCCGACAUCGCUGUCACAUAACGUUGUCCACAGGACAAUCACGCCGCACACGAUGCAGCUGGUUCAAGUUACGACGCCGGUGCCUUACGAUGAAGUCACCUCGCGUCUGUACGCGCUUCUGGGCCCUUUGAACUCCGCCGACGUUCUUCUGGGCGCAACGUCUGUGGCCGAUCUACAGGCAAGAGUCGGGGCCGUGCUCGGCUCCAGUGGUUUCAUGCACUUCAUCGAAUUCGACCACGGCGCGUGGCAUCAGCUUUUCUACUCGACCCCUACCCCGCGAUUCAAGAUCUACGUCAUCGGGAAUCCGUUCAUCGCCGAAACGAUGGUCCAAUAUGAUCUCCGUGCAGGCUAUAAUGUGCCGCCGCGCCUGAUGAUCUUGGAGGACGGCAACGGCACGAAGAUCGUGCACCACCUCCUGUCCUCCGUCAUUGAUAUGUCGGGGCCGGCCAGCCUGAUGACUGCCGCAAUGGUUUUGGACGCAAAGUUCGAGGCGGUCGUGAACAACAUAACAGCUGCCCUGUGAUAUAACAGGGCGCCGAUGGUGGUUCUUUCGGUUAGAGAUUCUUUUUCCUGGAUGUCGGUCCUGGUAUCAGGAAUCCUGAUGUGUUCCCGCUAUCUACCGCACAUUCCAGUCGCGCUCUAAUUCAACACAUUGAUAUUUCGUAUCUUCCCUCUUCUCACAGCUGGAGAUCGGCAAUCUGAAGCCCUAUGCAUGUGCUCGGGCGGGGUCUGAAUGCCACGAUCGACAACUUGAAGAUUCCGACAGCUGUGUUCCCAAGCCGAUAUCAUUCCCAAAUGUGAGGCAGCGGGCCGUGAGCAUGGUGCGCAGCUGCAACAACAAUCGCUGCUCUUGCUUUCUCGAAAUUCUUAAGCUGUGCAUGUCAAGGGAAUGGCCGCGAUUCUACUUUGUACUCAACUGGGCAAGUUGGGGAUUGGAUUCGUCUCAAGUUUUCCUAAAGAUUUG